AUGGCUGUCGCGAUCCAAAACCCAACAUUCACUCGUCCCAGCAACCAUAGAGACAACGAGGAAACUCUUAGGGCCCCUGUGUGGCUACAGGCAUAUGGUCACAGUAGUAACUUCGAGGCUCCGAGUAGUACCAGCGGAGUGGAGCCUCAGCUGAAUAAUCAUUAUUAUGGGAUGCAUGACUCGCAGGAGGAUAGUCUCCUUGGAGUCAACAUGCAGAGCCGGACUAUGGCGUCCGCUAAUUCCAGUCAAGUUGCUCAAGACUUUAUCAGUAUCAUCAACGACACUGCAAUUGAUGAGGGGGAGCCGCCCACUGCAGAGGAUGACAUGACGGCCUCUCAAGCCACUGCGAUGAUCGAGGAGGUUCUGGCUAGUGGAGGGGAGUCGACUGGCACGGUCGAAGACAUGGUGCAAAGCUCGGAUAUCAUGGCCGGUUCAUUGGGAAGAACUGAAGGCUUCCAAAUGGCUGCCAGUGCAUGGACCCCUCUGUUGAACGUGGAGCAAAGCUACUGCAAGAUUCUCAUCACUCACAAGCAGGCUGGAGCCAUUAUUGGACAAAACGGCGCGGAAAUCGCUGCUUUGGAAAAG